AGGCCGCGGCUUUAGGCCCGUCGCGAGGGGCGGGGGCCGGGCCAGCGCAGUCCGAGCCUCCGGGGGGUCUCAGUCCCCGCGGCGGGCCCUGGUCUCUCCGCGCGGCUGCAUCCCGGGACCCUCCGCCCGCCGCCGCGUCCGGUGACCCGGGCCCUGACCUCCCUCUUCCCCUCCUCCUCCUCCUCCUCCUGUCUGCCUCUGGCUCUUUGGUACUGAAGAGCGUUUCUCCUUCACCUCGUGGGCCACAUCCUGACGAAGUUGUCCGGUCACUAGACCCCAGUAGUCCGGAGCGUGUCCCCCCUGACCCCGCACAGUUGCCCCUCUCCGGGGCUCAGAGAAAGAAGCCGGUUCCUCCCCGGGACUCAGAACUGGGAGUGCAGACGUUGGCGCUUCCCAGACUCCAGAGCUCGCUAGGACAGGAAUGCAGGCCUGACCCCGGCGUCGCCUCGGCUCGUGCUGUUUGAGCGGUGUUUCAGCGCUGGCGGCCGACCCCAAGCAGUCUUUGAGCGUCACCUCUUGCCCAGAGGAUGUGUAAUGAUCGGGGAAUGCAGGUGGAAGGAGGUUCUGCCCCUGCUCGCAGGAGUUUGGUUUCUAGGAAAGCAGGCGUGAAAACCCAGGCCCGGGUUGAUCUGAGAGACGCAAGUAGGGUCUGAAAGGACCUCUCUUGGGAGAGGAGGUGAUGCUUCUGUUGAGUCUUGAAGCAUUAAACUGAAGAAAAGAUGUCCCUGUACGAUGACCUAGGAGUGGAGACCAGUGACUCAAAAACAGAAGGCUGGUCCAAAAACUUCAAACUUCUGCAGUCUCAGCUUCAGGUGAAGAAGGCAGCUCUCACUCAGGCAAAGAGCCAAAGGACGAAACAAAGUACAGUCCUCGCCCCAGUCAUUGACCUGAAGCGAGGUGGCUCCUCAGAUGACCGGCAAAUUGUGGACACGCCACCACAUGUAGCAGCUGGGCUGAAGGAUCCUGUUCCCAGUGGGUUUUCUGCAGGGGAAGUUCUGAUUCCCUUAGCUGACGAAUAUGACCCUAUGUUUCCUAAUGAUUAUGAGAAAGUAGUGAAGCGCCAAAGAGAGGAACGACAGAGACAGCGGGAGCUGGAAAGACAAAAGGAAAUAGAAGAAAGGGAAAAAAGGCGCAAAGACAGACAUGAAGCAAGUGGGUUUGCAAGGAGACCAGAUCCAGAUUCUGAUGAAGAUGAAGAUUAUGAGCGAGAGAGGAGGAAAAGAAGUAUGGGCGGCGCUGCCAUUGCCCCACCCACUUCUCUGGUGGAGAAAGACAAAGAGUUACCCCGAGAUUUUCCUUAUGAAGAGGACUCAAGACCUCGAUCACAGUCUUCCAAAGCUGCCAUUCCUCCCCCAGUGUACGAGGAACAAGACAGACCGAGAUCUCCAACUGGGCCUAGCAACUCCUUCCUCGCUAACAUGGGGGGCACGGUGGCGCACAAGAUCAUGCAGAAGUACGGCUUCCGGGAGGGCCAGGGUCUGGGGAAGCACGAGCAGGGGCUGAGCACCGCCUUGUCAGUGGAGAAGACCAGCAAGCGUGGCGGCAAGAUCAUCGUGGGUGACGCCACAGAGAAAGAUGCAUCCAAGAAGUCAGAUUCAAAUCCACUGACUGAAAUACUUAAGUGUCCUACUAAAGUGGUCCUACUAAGGAACAUGGUUGGUGCGGGAGAGGUGGAUGAAGACUUGGAAGUUGAAACCAAGGAAGAAUGUGAAAAAUAUGGCAAAGUUGGAAAAUGUGUGAUAUUUGAAAUUCCUGGUGCCCCUGAUGAUGAAGCAGUACGGAUAUUUUUAGAAUUUGAGAGAGUUGAAUCAGCAAUUAAAGCGGUUGUUGACUUGAAUGGGAGGUAUUUUGGUGGACGGGUGGUAAAAGCAUGUUUCUACAAUUUGGACAAAUUCAGGGUCUUGGAUUUGGCAGAACAAGUUUGAUUUUAAGAACUAGAGCACGAGUCAUCUCCGGUGAUCCUUAAAUGAACUGCAGGCUGAGAAAAGAAGGAAAAAGGUCACAGCCUCCAUGGCUGUUGCAUACCAAGACUCUUGGAAGGACUUCUAAGAUAUAUGUUGAUUGAUCCCUUUUUUAUUUUGUGGUUUUUUAAUAUAGUAUAAAAAUCCUUUUAAAAAAACAACAAUCUGUGUGCCUCUCUGGUUGUUUCUCUUUUUUAUUACUACUCCUGAGUUGAUGACAUUUUUUGUUAGAUUUCAUGGUAAUUCUCAAGUGCUUCAAUGAUGCAGCAUUUCUUGCACUAAAAAAAAAAAAAAUAGAAAAUUUUGGGACAUGGGGUGAUAUUAAAUUAUUCUUUGUUUUUCUUUUUCUUUUAAUAAAGCCUGCAAGUUACUAUAUUGUAGUUUCAUAAAUUCUGUAAUAAAGUAUCAUCUUGGCAGUGUGCCAAAGGUGAAAAUGAUGCUUUCUCUAACAGAGAAAUUCUUAGUGACUCCAGUUGUAGAAAAACGUCUUUACAACCUGAAUAAGAUUGAAGAAUUGUGAACAUACCAUGCCUAUUGGAUGAAUCAUUUGCCGUUAAGCUAAGUCAGACUGUAGGGUUUGUGAUGGAUUUAUGGAAUAUGUGGGUAUAGAAAUCAUGAAUCUAGCAUUUGUUUUCAGAGAUUCAAGCAUAGUCUUUAGGGUAGAUCAGAAAUGACAAAUGAAUUCAAAACCUAGCAGGUGCAUUGUAAAUGUGUGCCCAAUUAUGUUUUGGAAAUGGCAGUUCCUUGGGGUCAUGUUUCUACUGGCAAAAUUUGCAAUAGUAUUGUAUGUAAUUUUAAAACUUAUAAAAUUAUCCACAUUGGCCACAUAAACUGUACUGCCAAUUAAUAGAAUUCUGGAAUUGUGAGAAAUUGUAUCAUUGAAGUUCAAUAGGAUGUGUGGCUUAAAAAUUUAUCAGGACCACAAAAAAGAAAACAAAAAUAUUUGGUACUGAGGUUCAUUGCCAGGGCAGGAGGUAUUUCCAGAAAAUACUCAUGCCUGUGUUCUGUUCCUUGCUUUCCCAAAUACUGCAUGUGACUCUCCUAAGUGGCAGCUGAAAGACUCGAGCCCGUGUUGUCUCCUUUGGUUAUUAUGACAUGAAAGUGUAUCAAGAACUCAGCAUUUCUUUGCAUCCAUGGACUUGGUUUGGAGACAUAAGGAAUAUUCUGACCCUUUUUAAAAAAGGAUUUUCUCAUGUUUUUAUUUAACAUAAAUAAAAGAAUAACAUUUUA